AUGACGAACGCAGGCCACGCCCCGGGCGGCGCUGUCGUCGGCGUUACGAUUGGCAUGACCAUCUUGUCCGGCCUAGCAGUCAUUUCGCGCCUAACGACCAGGCUGAUAAUGGUGAGAAAUGGUGGGAUUGACGACGCUUUCAUUACGGCGGCCCUGGUACGACAUGGCAUGGGUAGACACCAAUAUCUCCUGAGCGUAGAAGAGCAAGCAGCACAGCUCAAGCCGCUGUGGGCAUCCAUCUGGGUAUACAAUCUGGGACUGUCCUGCACAAAGUUCUCCAUCCUGUUCCAGUACCUCAGGAUUUUCCCGUACAAGAAGUUCCGGCAAACCUGCUAUGGUCUGAUCGCCGUUGUGUUUGUAUACACCUGCUGGUCAUUCUUCAGCGCCGUCUUUUUCUGCACACCCGUAGCAUUCUUCUGGAAUUCAGAUAUAUCAGGAGGUCGCUGCUUCAACAAAUUCGCGGUAUGGUUCGCCAAUGCUAGCUUCAACAUUCUCUCCGACAUUGCCGUCGGCGCGUUGCCAAUUCCAGUGCUCAAGGAGCUCCAGCUGCCAGAUCGUCAACGCUACGCUCUCAUUAUAGUCUUCGCGCUGGGCGGAUUCACCUGCAUAGUAUCGAUACUCCGCCUACAGUCCCUGUACGUUGUAUCAAAGGCGUCCGACGUGAGCUGGAACAACCCCUUCGCCGCCAUUUGGAGCAGCGUGGAGCUCAAUACAGCAAUAUUGUGCUCAUGUCUGCCCACCCUCAAGACAUGCGUAAGCCGAUACUUCCCUCGGUUCUUCGGCAACACUCGACACACUCACUCGGGAAGCCGAGCCGCAGUCGCCAACACCAACACUCAUCGACUCAAGACCAGCCAGAACAGAAUUGGCUUCGACGAGCUGUCGCGCGGUCUGAGCGGGCGCGGAGAUGGACUGCAGAAAAGUAUGAUACAGAGUCGUGUCAAUGGGUCGGACGACAUGGACUUGGACUCGCUUGAGCAACAUGGUCAUCAUGUCGAGGAGGGACAGAUCCAGGUCGUUACUGUUGUUGAGCAGGAGGAGCAGAGACAUGGCGAUGGUGAUAGUACGAAGGGUCUUGUUCCUGGGACAUUCUAUCGUGAGCGAUGA